GAAGCAUUUGGGAGUUCGGUUUUAAGGUGGGUGAUGGAGAGGAGGGGAGGGUGUUGCAUCGCAAGUUACGGAGGGGGAAGGGGUGGGGGAGGAGGUGCUGACGUGGCGUGGAAAGUUGGCCGGAUUAUGCUGAGGUUCCGGCCGAUCGCGCCGAAGCCGGCGGCAUCCCCGCCGCCGCCGGUGUCGGCCGGAGCCGCGGCGAAGGGGAUGACCGCCGGGAGGGUGAGAAGGAAGGCUGGCGGCGGCGGAGGGAGGGAGGGUAAAAGGGGAAGGAGAGCGAGAAAUAUAGAGGGAGGGGCAUUUAAGGAAGAGGAGAGAAAAAGAAGAUCGCUGUCGUCGCCGUCGGAGUUGUCGGUGUGGUCCGGGCCGAUGGUGACGCUGCCGCUGAUGCCGGAGACGCCGGAGAGGAAGGAGGCUGCGCUGCCGGUGGACGUUACGGCGGUGCCGUACGUGAUACCGGCGUGGCUGCGAGUAUGGGAAGGAGGAGCGGGUGGCGCUGCCGGGGGAGGGGAGGUAGUGACCCCGCAGCCGGUGAGGUCGGCGGGGUCGUGGGUGACGGUGGAGUGCGUGACGGACACGUGGGCCGCUGCCGGCGGCGGCGACGAGGUCGUCAGAGCGGCGUUGGAAGCCGAGGACGCGUGCCCGGGUUUCAUCUCCGACGCGUGGGACCGGGUGAUGUGGACCAACGAGGCCUACCAGAGGAUGGUGGUGGGGCCAGCGGCUGAGGACGGGGAGGAGGAGGAGGAGGAGGAGGAGGAGGAUGAGGUGAGGGUGGUGCUGAUGACGAAGGGUAUGGUGCCGGGCGUUACGUGCCGGGCGUUCACUUGCAGGGUGGGGGUGCGUUACGCGAGCCGGCGGCGGGGACACGGGUCGCUGACGGCGCCGUGCGACGUCUGGCGGCUGGAUAACGGUGGUUACGCCUGGAAGCUCGACAUCAAGGCUGCCCUCAGUCUUAGCUUGGGGUGAUAGAUCCAAAUAAAAACAAGAGGAGGACUAAAAUAAAUGACAUAUAGAAAGAUGGCAGGGCGGUGGUUGUAAAUAUUUUUGGACGGGGGUCGUUCAGGUAUGAAGAAGCGCUAGUCUCCGGCGAGGUACGGAGCGGUCGAUGGUGGGUGGGAGGGCAGUGAUAGGGCUGAAGAUGAGGACACGUGGCGGGCUGUAUAAGGGGAUAUGUGGUCGUGGGAGUGCGACAGAUGACAGGGGAUCUGAUGGCAUGGAGUGUGUAAAGCACUGAGGCAGGUUGCUGAAUCAAUGAGAAGAGAGAGAGAGGGAGAGAGUCUUGUCUUAUGAUUGUUUGAUGGGAUGACAAAGGAAGCUUACUAAAUGUGGUUUUGCUUUGGUUACCAGAAAUAGCAUAAGAUGGUGUGUCUGCCUCUAUGUGUGCUAUUUAUUUAUUUAUUUAUCCAUCCUUUGUUGGGGUAGGAGGUGUCAUGUAAAGCAGUGUCAUGCUGAUUUCCUAAGGAAUAUGGAAGGUCGUGUGGAGUUCUAGCUCU